CUCUCUUUCUCUCCACCAGGUCCACCACCAUGCAUCUACCACCUUUUGUUUUGUUUUUCCUCUCAUAAUGUCUUGUUUGUGAUCUCUCUCUGUCUCCCCCCUUUGCCUCACCACCUUCCCUUUGUAAUCCGUUCACCCACCUGAAAGAUUUGGCUCUCAAGCCCCGGCUGAUUGUCAUCGGUUACCACUCGCAACUACCAGCCUUCUCGCCUUUGCCUCUUAGGUCAUUAACUGAGGAGUUGUUCAUUCUAGGAAUCUUGAAAUCAUCCAUGGUGAGCAUCCGAAGGCGCAAGCUUUUAGGACUUUGCUCUGGACGAAGUUCUUUCCUGGAUCCACUCCCUUGGUUUUCUGACUAUGGACGCACUCCUGAAAUUUGCAUCCGGAACACAAAACCAGUUAGUGUGCAUCCCAUGUCUUCAGUUAAUGUUGAGCAGCCAAAGGAGAAAACCAUCUCAAAAGUUGGUCCUGGAUCAUCAAACAUUUCUGGUUCUGAUUCAUCAAAAGAGCAGCAUAAUCAACAAUUCCCAGAAGUCAAACGAAGAAAACGACACAGGAGGAAGCAUUUUGAAAACCAAGAACCAUGUGUUAUGAGAGGUGUCUAUUUCAAGAAUAUGAAAUGGCAAGCUGCAAUAAAAGUUGACAAGAAACAAAUCCACUUGGGAACUGUUGGCUCUCAAGAAGAAGCUGCUCGAUUGUAUGACAGGGCUGCUUUUAUGUGUGGGAGGGAACCCAACUUUGAACUCUUGGAAGAGGAGAAGCAGGAACUUAGGAAAUUCAAGUGGGAUGAAUUCUUAGCAAUUACUCGUUCCGCAAUUACAAUCAAAAAACACCGUAGAAGAACUGGGGCAGGUUCACGUAAAAAGCCCGAGCCAUUGAGACAGAGCAGUGACUGGGAGGGCGAGCAAGGAGGCAAUGACUUCUCAGCUUCAGAAUACCUAGAGCCAGACACAUCGGUAUCCUGAUAUUUUUCAUUCAGGAGUAAGGCUGAACAACCUAGUUUUAACAAUUUUCUGUUAGCCAUUCAGCCUUUUCUAUCAUUAUAUCUUAUUUCAUUUUUGGUGUAUAAAGGCCCCUAUUCGGGCAGAUGGAUGUGAAAUUUAACUUCUAGUAAGAUUUCCACGUCUUUAAUUUAAUA